AUGCAGAUGGCGCGGCUUUUUGCCCACUUGGUGGGAUUGAGCAGUGCGCUGGUGGUUCAGGUAGAGAAGAAUUCUACACCAGAAGGGCCUCUCAAUGCCGUUUUGAUGCCACCGCGGAAUGGUGUAUUCUGUCGUGGAAAUGGCUGCCCGUACGGAGAAGUUGGAAGUGUGGGCGGUCAGAAAGUCCUGGGACAUGCGUCCUCUGAGCAGGAUGUGGAGCAGCAAGCCAAAGCAGCCUUGGCGAUGGGCAUGGAUGUCCUGCUGGCCAGGAAGGAGUUCUGCCGAGGCAUGAGCUGUGUGGAUGGCAUGGGAAAGCCUUUGGAUCGGACCAAGGCUGCGUUCAUCGCACAAUGUGCUCACUUCUUCAAUGCAGGGGGUCUUGAAGGCCAAGAUGACUAUCGCUCAGUGAAGAAUGUGUACGACAGCUUUGGCAGCAUUUGCGGACCGAGGGUGGGCCAUGCGGAAAUGCCUUUCUGCCGGGCAUAUGGUGAUGUCAUUGCAGCCUCGCUCGCAUCGCAAAUGGAUGCGACCACAGUGGGAAGUGCUGAGAAGAUCUGCGACGGGGUGUUUGACUUCAUGACCGAAGUGAAGCAGGCGCAGAUUGAUCUUCAACUAUUUGAGGGCUCCGUCGAGUCUGUUGGUGAGGAAGGCCCUGACUCUACCCGGGGCCGCAGGUGGGCCAAAUUUGUGGAGUUGAGCAGCCCCAAGCCGCUAAAUGAGACCCACGGCCCUCUGAAUUUGCAGGCAUUGAGAAAGGAUGUGGACAAGUAUGAGAUUACUAUGUCAUCUUGGGAUGGGGGGCUGCCAGCAACCAAAGUUUUGCCGAAGUUGUUCGACCACUGUGAAGUUGAACUGCGGGAGAUUAUGCUUGACAAGUCUCAGACCGCGGGGCGGGUUUCCAAACUGGCCGUGGAUUGGUGCAACUUCCAGCAGCUCCAAGGAGGCCGCCCGGAUUGGACUGAGCGCAGUUGCAUUGGCAUUGGAAAGCUCUUUGCCUUGGCACUGCGAAACAUACCAGAUCCUCCUCCCCUAGAUCGCCCGCCGCUGGUUCUGGGAGGGGCUUUGCCAAAGCCUGCAUUUGGCCAGAUGUCUCCCACAAUGCCACCCACGUACACCAUGAUGCCCACAAUCCCGGAUUCUCAAUGGGGCCAGCCACCUGUUUCUGGACCAGCUGCACCCACAAUGUCCAAGGAGCAGAUGCAAAGGAUGUUGGAUCCUUUUCAGAGAUUCCUCAUGCGGCCAGAUCAGGUUUGCCAGCAGCUCUUUGUCGCUAUUGGUGCGAGCACUCGGGUGGAAGGACUCCUGCGCAACUCCUACAAGACCUCCUUCCGUAUGCCGACGCCUGGCAUGACACUUCCAGCCAAGGAUGAUGCUGUUCUUCGGGCGAUGCAGCAGGCAGCUGACUUCAGGAAAAUCGCGACAAAGGGCGAAUCUUCAAAGUUGCGCCAAACCAAGGCAGCCGCUGCCUUGACACAGGAGAAUCUUCCCACGGAAGGUUUGCCACAUGCAUCGGACUACAACCCAAAGGUAACCGUUUGGCGGGCUCUGAGCCGCCCUCAAGAGCCAGUCGGAUGA